AUUUUUCUCACCUUCUCUCUCUCUAUGUCUUGAACCGCUGAACCGCUGAAAAAGAUUCUGUUUUUCCUAACCCCUUUCCUUAUCUCUCUAUCCCUAUCUCCAUCUCCAUCUUCAAAUCGCCUUCGACCGUCUCUUUAACGGAUCAGAAGAGAUCUACCAGAUUAUUGAGUCGCCAUGGGUGAUUCUGUAUCAAAUUAUGUUCCUAGAACAAUCCAAGAGAUUCUAUCCGACCUGUCCACCAUCCCCGAUGUUUCUGAUAGAGCAUCUAAGCUCGAUGAUUUCAUCAAUAGAUUAGAAGAAGAAAUGAAGAAGAUCUACGUAUUUAAGCGCGAGCUUCCCAUCUCCAUCGUCCUUAUGAAGGAUGCAAUUACUGCACUGAAAGAAGAAUCAAUCCUGUUGAGGGGAAAACAUGUGAAACCAGUGUUGGAACAAUUCAUCCCACUUAAGAAAAUUCCUGAUAAAGUAGUUGAUGAUGAUGAUGAUAUUAAUAAAGACAAGGACAAUAAAGAUAAGAAGAAUUGGUUGAGAUCAGCCCAGCUCUGGAAAACUGAUGAUUUCAGCAGCAGCAGCAGCAGUGGAAAGAGACAUAGUCCAGAUUCAAGAGUUACAGAGAAUGCCGAGUUUGGGUUCCAUCCAUUUCAUUCGAAUAAAAACAAGACUGGAUCAAGAACAUUCAUGUCCCAUAAAGGGUACCCUUUCUUCUCUGCUGCCGCAGCUGCUGCUGCUAGACAUGAACAGGAAGAUGCUGAUGAACCAAUUUCAAGUCUUUCCCUCAUUAUGCCCGGAACCAAGAAUUCCAAAGAACAAAACCGUCCUAAGACCAUCCGUAGCAGAUCAAGCUCCACCUCUGCACCAUCCAGUCAACUGAAUUCACAGUCACUGCAUCAUCAUCAGCCUGAGCAGCAGAAUGGUAGGAAACAAAGAAGAUGCUGGUCUCAAGAACUGCACAGGCGCUUUUUAAACGCUCUCCAACAGCUUGGAGGAUCUCAAGUCUCCACUCCUAAACAGAUCAGAGAACUGAUGCAAGUCGACAAUCUCACCAACGACGAAGUGAAGAGCCAUUUGCAAAAAUACAGACUCCACACGAAAAGAGGAGGGCCAGUCUCAUCCAUAAAAGGAGCCAUGUCAAAUCUGGGGGAAUCAUCUUCUAUGCCCAGAGAUGAUGAGGAAUACAAGGUGGAAGCGUCGAAGCAGAGCAAUUCACAAUCGGGUUCCCCACAGGGUCCACUUGACUUAUCUGGAACAGGGGGAAAUAAUAAUAGCAUGGAAUUAGGAGAUGAGAUAUCAGAGAGUCAUAGCUGGAAAAAUCAACUUCACAGAAGAUCUGCUCAAGAUGAUGAUGAGGAGGAGGAGGAAGAUGAUGUAUAGAGAGAAUAGAUGGUUAAAGCAAAUAAUAUUUCAUAAAAUUUUGCAGAUAAAAGACAUAGAUGAUGAUAAUGAAGAGGAUGAAGAGGAAGAGGAAGAUAUCAUGAUGCUCACUAGAUACAUAUAAAAUGAAGGAUGAAAAAGGAAGGUAGCUCAUGUUGUUUGAAAUUUUGCAGGAUUAAUUUUCUUUCAUCCUUCUAACUGAGAUUGUUUGUUAUUUUGUUGUACUUGUCUUGGCCCUGUGGUUUGAGUUGAUUUUCUGGGCUAAUCUAAUAUAUUAGUAAAAUCAACAACUAUGUUUUAUUUCGCUUUCAAAUAUGUCUUCUGUUGGUUCUUGUUUCCAGAAAACUUCAGAAUUCUAAAUCCAGAUUUGUUUCUAGAUUCGGAUA